AUGAACACAUCCCCUGACUUGGAUGACUCAUCCACCUUUGUCCAUGUCUACCUCGAAGACUCUGCUGACAUGGAUACGUCACCUACUCUCAAGAUGCCAAGCGUCUACGCAUACUCGUCGCCUUUGCCCUUCAAUCAACUGGUCUGCCCAUACUUCGUCUGA